AGGUACGGCGAGGGGCGGGGCUAAUGCUGCCAUGGCAACCGAGCAACAAUGGUACAGGAAUAAUGUUUGGAGUUGAUUUCUUUAAAACUUCAGACGGAGAGGAGAGCGAGAGUGAAGAUGGAGAGAGAUUUAAAUCACCUCCAAGAACUAGAACUGAGUGGGUGGAGAGCCAGGGGAUGGGCUCAUGGCCACAAGUACGAGGAUUUGAGGAAAUUUUAGACAGAAACAGUUUACUGGGUCGUCAAGAAGGAAUUGAGGAAGACUUGAGGACUCAUGCACCUUGGAAGAGUGGCAUGCUAAAUGAAAUUAAUGGCAAGUUAGCUGGUCUUGAAGACAAAUUGAAGGAACUUUCAGAACGAUUUCUUUAUGCUGAGAAUAUACGUAAUUCUGUAUCUGAUGAAACUGGAGGGAUACGAAUAAUAAAAGACAAUGUGGAUCCACGUUCAUAUUGCAAUCCUGAUUUACUUAAUGCUAUAAAGUCAUCGACAGGAGAUAAAUCAGCUUCAAAUGAUGCAUUACUGACAACAUUUCAAUCAGCAACAACAGAAAAUGAAUUACCACAAGACAAGAGCAUCUCUCAAGCUCCUUCUAAUGAAAGCAACAGAACUACAGAUGAAUCUACUACUGCUGGAGCUUCUUCUUCCAUUAUGACUAAUCAUGUUUCUUCUCCUUUAAAGACUAAUGCUUCUGUCAAUAGAAGCAUGACUGUCAAUACUUCUCAUAACAUGGCUAAUUUUGAAGGACAGUUAGAACUAAGAGAUACUGCAUGUGAACAAGAUGUUGCUCCAACUACUAAUGAGAAUGUUAUGAUUACUGUUGAUAUAAGCAGAGCUGUUGAUAGUAGUGAAAUAAAAACUGAACCUGUCAAAUUUGUAGAAAACGAUGCAAAAUCUCCCUUAAGUAAAGAAAUUAGUGCUCAUGAAGAAGAUGAUCCAAUGCCUCCUCCAUUACCUAACAGAUUGGAAUCUCUUCCACUGUUGGAUGCUGUCUCAAGAUGUCAGGGCUUCCCGGCUAAAUUUAUGAAACCAUGGAAAAAGUUUUUCUGCUGUGAAUCUUCUAGCACCAUGUUACAUUGUGCUUUCUGGUGGAUAUGGCUUAAAAUCAACAAGCCAGAUCAGGCAAAACAGGAUCACCUCUACACAAUAAUGGCUGAACAAUUCUCACAAUUAUUUCUUCUUUAUUCUACGAGCGAAAUCAAAGAUAAAUUAUUUCAAAGUUAUCCAAGUUGUCUAUCGCAAGGAGUAUUUGCAAUAUUCUGUCAAGCGUUCCCUAAAUCAGUUAAGAAAUUCCAUGAAGAGAGUUUCCUUCACAAAAUAUGUAACUUCAUUUAUGAAUGGACAACAGGUAUUCCAUGUCCUCUUGGUUGCUGGAAGUGCUGGACAAUGGAAGCACUUGAUCCAAGCUAUAAACUACACAUGUUGAAGAAACCAACCAAGAAACAACCUCACCAGCCACUCCAAAUUGGUGGAACUGCCAAAGGAGUACAAGCACCUUCAAGAAAACAUGAAGAAAGACCAAAAGAAGAAGCUGCCAUGAUAGGACCAGGUCCUGAGUUUGAGUGUGUCCAGUUCAUUACCAGCUCACAGAGCCCACUGUUCCAGCAUCACCUACUCAUGAAGAGGCUCAAGGAACCAACAGGAGGAGGAGGAGGGGCAGGGGGUGAUAGUACUGGUGCUACUUAUACAGGACUGGUAAUGGGAAGGACACAAAUAAAGAAACAACAACCUCCCUCAAUGACGUUUAAAGAACUGCUCAGAAAUUCAAAAGAACUUUCAGAAAAAAGAAAUGAAGCUUAUGAAAAACAGCUAUUAAUGUAUCAGCAACAAGUCAGUGAAGCUGUUCAAGAGAAUAAAGUAGCCAGAAGGAAUAUAAGAAAUGAGACACAGAAGCUCCUAAAGCAGAGGAAUGAGGUGACAAUAGAGGCAGAGAAGAUAAUGUCAAAAUAUACUCCACAAUAUCAAGUCAGUUCAUACCUAGCUGAUGUGACUCAUGAUGACUGAAAUAACAAUAAUAAUAAUAAUAAUAAUAAUAAUAAUAACAAUAAUAACAACAACAAUAAUAAUAAUACUUAU